AUGCCCGGUCAACUGCGCAACAUCCUCGUGCUCGGCGCGACAGGCGUCAUCGGCCGCUUCAUUAUCAAGGCCCUCGCAACUGCUGCCCCCACCUCCUUCGACCGCGUGGCCAUUUUCACCUCGCAGAACACCAUCGACACCAAGACGGAGCAAAUUCGAUGGCUCAAAGACCACGGCGUCGAGAUCAUCAUCGGCGAUCUCACUGACGAAGCGCACGUACGCGCAGCUUACCAAGGCUUUGAUACAAUCAUCAGCUGCCUCGGACGAAACAUGAUCGCCGCGCAGAUCGAGCUCAUCCGGAUCGCCGAGUCUUGCCCCAACAUCAUCCGCUUCUUCCCAUCCGAGUACGGCACCGACAUCGAGUACGGGCCGCAGUCGGCGCACGAGAAGCCGCACCAGCUCAAGCUCCAGGUGAGGCGGUACAUCCGGGACGAGGUCAAGAGGCUCGAGCAUACCUACCUAGUAACGGGUCCGUAUGCGGAUCUUUUCCUCGGCCGGAACGAUGCGGUGCCUCGCGCGGGGACGUUCGAUGUCGUGAACAAGAAGGCUGUUUUGCUGGACGAUGGGGAUGGUCGGAUUAGUCUGACGACGAUGGAGGAUGUGGGCAAGCUCCUCGUGGCAGCCGUUAUCAACAACGAAGCGUCCCGCAACCAGGCGCUCAAGGUCAAUUCGUUCACCACGACGCCCAACGAGAUCCUGGCGGAGUUUGAGCGGCAGACGCAGGCGAAGUGGGAGAGGGAGUAUACCUCCCUGCCGGAGCUGAGGCAGCUCGAGCAGGAAUCGUGGGCGGCGGGUCAUCCCCUAGCGGUGGUGGCUACCUUGCGCAGGAUCUGGACGGAGGGGGGCACUCUCUACGAUACAACAGAUAAUGAGAAGAUCCAUGCGCCGCACAUGGAUACGUUGCAGAUGGCGGUUGCGGGUGCAGUCAAAGCUCAGCAGACAUGA